GCAAAUACAGAACGAGAGAAAUCACCUGGUCAGUACUCGCGUGUUCUCACGCGCCGACGCAAUUCUCUGCCGUCGACGCCAGCAUUGUCUCCAGCAGCACUUCCCUUGCGUUUCAACGGUCACGGUUCUCUACCAAGCAUCCAAACCCUCGUAUUCUUCGUUCUACCGAGCUUUUGUUAAACCCUAACCAUCACCACAUUUCCAGACUUUUUGCAUACACUAUGGCACCAAGUGUGCAUGUCAAAAAAGCAUUCAAAGCUAUGAAUGCUCUUGGAAUAAAGGAUGCGCAAAUCAAGCCGGUUUUGAAAAACCUUUUGAAUCUAUAUGACAAAAACUGGGAGUUAAUUGCCGAGGACAAUUAUAGAGCUCUAGCUGAUGCUAUCUUCGAUAGCCAAGAGACUCAGGCCACUGAAGAAACGAAAGGCAAUGAGAAGAAGCCUGAGGAAGCUGAAGGAAGCGCUCCAGAAACAGACAGAGAAAAGAAGAAGGCGCCUGAAGUAUGCAAACCGAACGAAGAUGAAGAUGAGACGGAUGAGCCUGAACGCCCUUUAAAGAGGCUGCGACGCAGAGGUGAAGAUGGGUCUGCUUCGGCUUUGAACAGUCCUGACGUGGGCAGUCCCAGUUUGAAAGAACCUACAACUGUUGACGGAGAAGCUGCACCUAUCUUAUUGCCAUAUCAUCCUCUGCCAAUUGAAAAUGGCCCUGAUGCUGGUGCGCUCAUUAUUCCAAAAGAUGAGCCCUCUACAGAUACGCCUUUAAGUUCUAUUCAUCCUGAUUCGUUAGAUAAUGGGAACUCUUCACUUCCCAUGUCUGAGGUGGAGAUAACAAACGGACAAGGGGAAGAGAUUGCUGAUACCAUUGACGCUCUUCCUACAACUAUUGAGAUAUCUAGUGAGCACAAGCUGGCUGCAACCCUAACAGAAUCGUCAACACUCGAAUUAGCUUCUUCUGAUACGGGUGAAGUGAAGAUUAACCUUAGUUUUGCUCCUGCAACUGGACGAUCGAAUCUGCAUCUACCUACUAUGGAGGAACUACGAAGAGCAAUGGAGGAGAAAUGUCUCCGACAAUACAAAAUACUGGACCCUAACUUCUCUGUAGGUCGUUUUAUGAACGACAUCUGUAGCUGCUACCUGGAACUGGCGACAAAGGCGGAAAAUUCAGCUAUCCAGUCACCUGAAAACUUGCCGUUUCUCACAACUAAUGUUGACGUAUUGAAGAAAUCUGCAGCAGCAAUGGCUUUUACUUCUAAUGGCUGUAAUGACCUGGCAACAAAGGCGAGAAAUUCAGCCAACCAGUGGCAGCCAGAAAACUUGGCGAUUGUUCCGAUGGAGGUUGAUGUACUGAAGACAUCUGAAGCAACUAUGGCGUUUACUUCUGAGGGCAGUAAUGAUGAAGGCGGUGGAGUUGGUGACUCCAUGGGUUUGGUAGUUGUUCCUGAAUGCCAGAUUUCUGCGGAUGAGUACAGAUUGAUAAGCAGUAUCGGAGACAUCACUCUAGGGAAAGAAACUGUUGAGAUUCCUUGGGUGAAUGAAGUCAAUAGCAAGGUUCCUCCAGUUUUUCGCUACAUUGCCCAAAGCCUUGUGUAUCUUGAUGCAGCAGUGAAGUUUUCAAUAGCUAGGAUAAGGGAUGAUCAGUGCUGCUCCACUUGCUGUAACGACUGCUUGGCUCCAUCGAUGGCAUGCAAGUGUGCAGCUGCCUUGACAUACACAGUAGAUGGCCUCCUACAUGAAAAUUUCCUGGAAGAGUGUAUCACUGAGGCCCGUGAUCCGCAGAAGCAUGUGGUUCAGUAUUGCAGAGAGUGUCCAUUGGAGAAGGCCAAAAAAGAAGAGAUUCUGAAACCUUGCAAUGGGCAUCUGAAGAGGAAGGCCAUUAAAGAAUGUUGGAUCAAUUGUGGCUGUAUCAAGAGAUGUGGCAACCGAGUUGUCCAACAGGGGAUUCACAACAAGCUGCAGGUGUUUUUCACGUCCAAUGGGAGAGGUUGGGGACUCAGGACCCUGGAAAAGCUGCCUAAAGGAGCAUUUGUCUGUGAGUUUGCUGGAGAGAUAUUGACCAUUCCAGAGCUGUACCAACGCAGCUCUGAGAAUUUUAAUUCUCCUGUAAUAUUGGAUGCACACUGGGGUUCUGAAGAAGCUUCAGGUGAUAACAAAGCUCUUUGUCUUGACGGAACGCAUUAUGGAAAUAUUUCUAGGUUCAUCAAUCACAGAUGCUCAGAUGCAAAUUUGAUUGAUAUCCCAGUGCAUGUGGAGAAUGCGGACCUGCACUACUAUCAUCUUGCGUUCUUCACAAAAAGAGAGAUCGAUGCUAUGGAGGAACUUACCUGGGAUUAUGGCGUCGAGUUCAAUGAUCUUGUGUAUCCCACGCUUCCAUUCCAAUGUCAAUGUGGUAGCGAGUUCUGUCGUAUCAUUAAGCCGAUAACCAAAAGCAAGAAGGGUAAGAAGAAGCGAACAUGAUUGAUGACGUUGGUAGUUUUUGAGGAUUUUUGGUGGCCCAGUCUCUUUUUGUGAAUGAAAUGGCAAAUUUUUCAAAAACUCUCUAUUGUCAAUCCGACAAGGCAUAUAAGUAAAGUCGGUCGGUCGGGUCCAUCUUAGGGGAGAUUAUCGGAGGAUAGCACUUUUGUCCUGAUAAACUGAAUUAAUAUUUUGUGAUAACAAGCUCUUCUGUAAAGCUUAACUUAGGUUCUACACUUCUAAUGGCUAUGGCUUCGGUUUAACUAUAUCCAAAUAUCUCGU